CUUCAUGGCCCUGCAGCAGUCCUCGAUCGUCCGCUGCCAGUCGCCGUGCAGGAUGUUCCGCUCCCCGCUCGUCGCCCGCCGCCUCGCCUCGCAGAACCCCCGCCGCUGGACUCGCUCGCUCUCCCAGCUCAACUCCGUCACCGAGGCCGACCUCGCGCACUUCUCCCAGAUCCUCCCGCCCGCCGCCAUCCUCUCCACCCUCUCCGCCGCCUCCGCCGCCGACCUCGAGCCGUUCAACAAUGACUGGAUGAACAAGUACCACGGCCGCUCGACCACCGUCCUCCGCCCGCGCACCACGCAGGAGGUCAGCGCGAUCGUGAAGCACUGCAGCGAGCGCCGCAUCGGCAUCGUGCCCCAGGGCGGGAACACCGGCUUGGUCGGCGGCAGCGUGCCCAUCAACGACGAGCUCGUGCUCAGCCUGGGGAACAUGAACAGCGUGAGGAGCUUUGACGAUGCGUCGGGUAUCCUGGUGGCGGACGCGGGGUGCAUCCUGCAGUCGUUAUCCGACUUCCUGCUGCCGCACGACCAUGUCGUCCCGCUUGACCUCGGUGCGAAGGGCAGUUGUCAGAUUGGUGGUAAUGUCUCGACCAAUGCAGGCGGCCUCCGCUUGCUGCGGUACGGCUCCCUCCAUGGCUCCGUACUCGGACUUGAGGUUGUCCUCCCGGAUGGCUCCAUCCUCGACCAGCUCACGGCCCUCCGGAAAGAUAACACGGGCUAUGACCUCAAGCAGCUCUUCAUCGGCGCGGAAGGCACCCUCGGCAUCGUCACCGGUGUCUCCAUCCUCACAGCGGCGGCACCGCAGGCAUCGAACAACAUGAUGCUCGCGCUUCCUACAUUCAGCAACGUCCUGCCGCUGUACAAGGAGGUGAAGCGGCAGCUGGCGGAGAUCUUGUCGGCGUUUGAGUUUAUUGACAGGAGGGCGUACGACUUGGCUGUGAAGCAUGGCCAGGGUCGGGCACUGGACGAGGCGGACGUUGAGGGCGCAGACUGCUUUGUGCUUGUGGAGACGAGCGGGAGCAAUCGGGAGCAUGACGAACAGAAACUGAACAAACUGCUUGAGGACCUCAUGGAGCAAGAACCCUCCCUGAUCAACACCGGUGUGCUCGCGACCUCCCCGGCGCAGUUCUCUUCACUCUGGGCCAUCCGCGAGGGCCUGACAGAGUCCGUGGGCAAGGAGGGCAAGGCAUACAAGUACGACAUUUCGGUGCCGCAGGACAAGUUCAAGGAGGUCCUUGAUAUCACGAGGGACCAUCUGGCGUCGAAGGGCUUGAUGCACGACCAGGCCGUCAAGCAUGUCGUCGGGUAUGGCCAUGUCGGUGAUGGUAACCUGCACUUGAACGUCGUCGCAGACGCGUACACGCCAGAAAUCGAGGCUGCUCUCGAGCCGUUCGUCUACGAGCUCGUUGCCAAGUACCAGGGCUCGAUAUCUGCGGAGCACGGAAUCGGCGUGAUGAAGACGCAUGCGCUGCCGUACUCGAAGAACGCGUUGAGCAUCGAGUGGAUGAAGAAGGUCAAAAACCUCUUCGACCCGAAGGGGAUUAUGAACCCCGGGAAGGUAUUUGAGUUGUAGCGAGCUGAGGGCUGCGGUUUCUCGUGAUGCACAUGUACAUAUAUUGCAUAGCCGUUUUGUAUACGUAUGCUGCUUUCGCAUGGUG